AUGGAUGCACUGGAGGAGUCGCAGGAGAAACUCGAAGAGUGGUGUCUGACGGUGGGGAGGGCGGAGGUUAUAGCCGUCACAUUCCCGCCACCCUAUCGCCGCUUCCCGCCACCCGUCUCCCCUGUUCGCCGCCCAAUCUCCCGUGCUCGCCGCCCGAUCUCCCCUUCCCGCGGCCCGAUCUCCCCUUCCUGCCGCCCGAUAUCCCCUUCCCGCAUCCUCUCGCCUUUCCGCGUAGCCUCCUCUCGCCUCUCCGCGCGGCCUCCUCUCGCCUCUCCGCGCGGCCUCCUCUCGUCUCUCCGCGCGGCCUCCUCUCGCCUCUCCGCGCGGCCUCCUCUCACCUCUCCGCGCGGCCUCCUCUCGCCUCCCCGCGCCGUCUCCUCUCGCCUCCCCGCGCGGCCUCCUCUCGCCUCUCCGCGCGGCCUCCUCUCGCCUCCUCUCGCCACUCCGCGCGGCCUCCUCUCGCCUCUCCGCGCGGCCUCCUCUCGCCUCUCCGCGCGGCCUCCUCUCGCCUCCCCGCGCGGCCUCCUCUCGCCUCUCCGCGCGGCCUCCUCUCCCCUCCCUUUGCCCUCGCUACCCCCUCCCAUCGCCAUCGCUUCCCCCUCCCGUCGCCCUCGCUUCCCCCUCCCAUCGCCCUCGCUUCCCCCUCCCAUCGCCCUCGCUUCCCCCUCCCAUCGCCCUCGCUUCCCCCUCCCAUCGCCCUCGCUUCCCCCUCCCGUCGCCCUCGCUUCCCCCUCCCUUUGCCCUCGCUUCCCCCUCCCAUCGCCAUCGCUUCCCCCUCCCAUCGCCCUUGCUUCCCCCUCCCGUCGCCCUUGCUUCCCCCUCCCGUCGCCCUCGCUUCCCCCGCCCAUCGCUAGUCCACUUGCGCCAUCUGUCAGCGUGGGGCAGCAGCACCACCAACGCCUCCUCCUCUCACCUCCUUGCCUUCCUCUUCCCCCUCUCCCCCCCAAACCCCCACCCACUCUUCCCCUGCAGUCGCUGGUUCACUUGCGCCAUCUGUCAGUGUGGGGCAGCAGCAUCACCAACGCCUCUGCGCCGCUGCUCCCUUUUCCCCCACUCCCACCAUCCUCUUUCCACCCCCGCCUCUCCCCCUUCGCCUGCAGUCGCUCGUUCACUUGCGCCAUCUGUCAGUGUGGGGCAGCAGCAUCACCAACGCCUCUGCGCCGCUGCUCCAUUUCCCCCACUCCCACCAUCCUCUUUCCACCCCCGCCUCUCCCCCUUCCCCUGCAGUCGCUCGUUCACUUGCGCCAUCUGUCAGUGUGGGGCAGCAGCAUCACCAGCGCCUCUGCCUCGCUGCUCCUCGCCUUCCCCCGCCUGCUCUCCGCCAACCUCGCCUGGACUGCCCUCUCCCACCUCCCCGCCCACCCCUCCCUCACCGCCCUCCACCUCUCCCACUGCCCCCUGCUUUCCAUUGGCUUCCCUCUCCCCUCCUCCUCAUCCUCUCCCUCCGCCUCCUCUCCUUCCUCCUCUCACUCCUCCUCCUCUUCCUCCUUCCCCCUCACUCAUCUGGUUCUCUCUGGUGCCUCAAUCGCUCCUCCCUCCUCCCUCUUCCCUCCUCACCUCCUCGCCUUCCUCACUCACCUCACCUCGACCCCUCUACUGCUGCUGUCCCUGACGCCCUUCUGUUACACCUCGCCCACUCCCUUCCCCACACGGUACGUUAGCUCCUCACCACUCUCCCUCACACACCUUGAUCUCUCUGGCUGA